AUGUUUCUUGUACUUAAUGAACUCAAGAAUGUAGGUGAAGACAGACUCGCAAACUUCAACGCUUUGAAAUCAAUUAUAACGGAUAAUGAGAUAAGAAUUAAUGAAAAGAAUCAACCCAGAAGAACUGCUCAGAACGUUGCAAACUUCAUUUUCGUAACUAAUAACGUCUACCCUGUCAAAAUUGAAGUUGGAGACAGAAGAUACGUAGUUUUAAGAGUUAAUGGUAAAUUCAAGGGUCAAUUUGAUUACUUCAAGAAUUUAAUGGAUUCAUGCACAAAGGAAUUUUAUGAUAACCUUUUAACAUAUUUUAUCAAUUACGACCUUUCAUCAUUUAAUGUACGAAUCAUUCCGAUGACUGAAGCCAAACAAGAUUUAAUAGAAUUAUCAACAAAUCCUUUAGAUGUAUGGAUAAAUACACAUUAUGAUGAAUUGUGUGCGGGUAUGACGUGUAAAAAUGCUCUAUUCUGCAAACCAUCAGACAUGAAAGACAAGAAUUUUCAAAUGAGCAUUAAGGAUAAAUGUGAUAGGAAACAUAGAAGAAUAGACGAUAAACAAACAUGGUGUUAUGUUUUGAAAGAAGAAAUGAAAGGAUUAUAUAAACAGGUUGAACCAAACGAUAAUGAGGAUUCAUUUACUGACGAUGAAAUACCUGUAAAUGAUGCUUUAUAA